CACAGCAUCAACCCAGCCUGCUUGGCACAUAUGGCUCUUUGAAAACUGCAGCAGGAGAUGGUGGCUUCCAGAGUCUGCAGCACUCCUCUCAGGGAAAGUCUUUUGCAGCCUCUCAGACACAGACCACUCUGUCCAUCACCUAUCUUUCCCCUAUCAUGAAAGGCUUGUCCAGUAGUCGGAGCCACCAUCAUGUGGUCUCCUAUGAGCCAUCAUAUGAUCCACUGGGUCACCAUGUUGACCGCAAACCAUAUUUGAUUAGCCAAAUGGACAUGCCAGUGCCCAUUCCCAUGCCACACCCAGCUGAGCUGCCCUACUACAAUGCUCAGCGUACCUCAUAUGCUUCUGACAGCAACAGCAUCGUCCCAUAUGGAACGUUCCCACGGAGGUGCCACUCCACCUCCUCAUCCCACCAUCCUGAGGUAAAGGAUGAGUGUAUGGCCAUGGUACCGUAUGUAGGAGGAGGGGGAGGUGGAGGAGGAGGAGGAGGGGGUGGUGGAGGAGGAGGAGGCUAUGGAGGUAAAACGCCCACCCGGGUACCAGCAAACUUUGCGGACCCGUUUGAGCGUCAGUCAUCAUUUUCCAGGGAUGGCUACCAUACACUUCAGUACAAACGAGGAGUGCUUGCCCACAGUGGGGGGAUGGGGCCCAACAACAACAACAACGACAGCCCAGGGAGGAUUCGCCAUUUGGUCCAUUCAGUCCAGAAACUUUUCACCAAGUCACAUUCAUUGGAAGGCCCACAUCACACACAGUCCUCCAAGGGGGCCAGUAAUGGGAGCGUUAAUGGUGGUGGUGGUGGUGGAGCAGGUGGUGGUGGUGGUUCAAGGGCAAGCCCAGAGGGUGAAACUCCACCAGUGGGAGUGCGCCACAGGAAGCGCAGCAAGAGCCGUGAGCGCUGUCGAUCAGCGGAGCCCAAGCACCGAAGCCACCACCACCACCACCACCAGCUCCACGGAUCAGCAUCUGCACCGGGCUCUGGGUAUUGGAGCUCUGAUGACAACCUGGAACGGGAGCUGUGUCUCUACCACCCCCACCACCACCAACCUCCACCCUCACCUUCACCUUCCAUUUCCCCCUCACCCAUCGCCAUGACAAUGGGCCGAUACCCUGGCAAUAAUCCAGACAAGUUCCCCCAGACUCCACUUCCCUCCUCACAGUCCCAACAGUACUUUAUGAUGGACCCUUACAGCACACUUAAUGAACACAUACACACCCACACACACCAUGGCUACACACACCACCAUACUGCACUCAAACCUUCCCGGAGCAACAACGAUGUGAAGUACGCAGCGUCGUCGGCAUGUGUGCCAGUUAGUGGUAGCAGCAAUAACAGCGCUGGUGGAGGAGGUGGCCCCUUGCUGCCACUGAAUCUUGUGGAUGGGCCCCUUGUGAAGAAAGGGGCAUGGUCAUCAAGCCUUACGGUGAGCAGGGCCCGAGAGGUCUACACCAACAACAGCAGCCACAACCAACCACGAGCCAGCGCAGGAUCCGGUAACCUAAACCUAGAUAGAGCUCUAGUCAAAUCUAAGGCCAGUCAGCAGCAGGAGCGCUCUUGCCAUUUCUUACAGGUACCUCAGGAUGAGUGGAGUGGCUUCUGCCCCCUGGCCAAGGAGGACGACAUCCCCUGCCGAAGGAUGAGGAGUGGCAGCUACGUCAAAGCCAUGGCUGAGGAUGACAGUGGAGACUCGGAUGGAAGUCCCAAACCCUCCCCCAAAAUCCAGGCACGGCGGGCCAGCUACCUAAAAGCCACACAGCCCUCACUGACUGAGAUGACCACUCUGCAGAUUUCAACAGAGCAUUCUCCCAAGCUGCAAAUUAGGAGCCACAGUUACCUGCGUGCGGUGAGUGAGGUUUCAAUCAAUAGAAGCCUGGACACCCUGGACCCCAAAACCCUCCUCGACCCCAAAUCGCUGCUGUCCUCCCCCCAAUACCGAUCACGCAAUGAAAGCUACAUGAGGGCUAUGAGCACCAUCAGUCAGCUCAGUGAGGUGGAGGUCAAUGGGCAGAUUGAGCAGGUCUGUGAGCAGGUCUACAGUGAGAUGCAGUCCCAGGCCAUGGAAGCUGCCAUGGAUAGCAUGGACACCAUGGACACCUUGCCCAUGCCGGGAUGCUUUCGUAUGCGGAGCCACAGCUACGUGAGAGCUAUUGACCAGGGUUGUGCUGGGGAGGAGGAAGGGGAGGGCGGGAGGCCGCUGCUCCUCCUGCCAUCUUCCCCCCCACGAACCUCUGCCACCACUGUCAGGACCAUCCAGAGCAGCACAGUGUCAUCUUGCAUAACCACGUACAAAAAAACUCCUCCACCUGUGCCGCCUCGAACCUCUACCUGCUCAUCAGCCUCCAAACCCUACAUCUCCAUCACAGCACAGAGCAGCACAGAGUCUGCACAGGAUGCAUACAUGGAAGAAGAGGGACCAAGAGGUGACAUGACCAUCCAAUCAGGGCUGAGUAACUCCACAGAAAGCAUUGACAGCAUGAAGGCUUUGACAGCUGCUAUAGAAGCUGCAAAUGCACAGGUCCAUGGGCCAGCCAGUCAGCAUGUCAGCAACAGCACUAUGACAGUCAACACCCCUACCCCCUCAGUUCUGAGCAGGGGAGUGGUUGUUGAAGACCACCGGGAUGAAUACAGGAAAGAGGCACUCAGGAAGGGCAAAUGUCUCUCCAUAGGCAUCCAGGUGGAUGGACCAGAGGACGUUCCGAAUCCAGAGGACCCAUCCAAGUUUACUUCUGUAGGAGUGCAAGUAGAAGAUGACAGAGGGUAUCGCAGAUUCCAGCGCUCCAACAGUGUGACAGCAGCUGUGCAGGCAGAUCUAGACAUGCCAGAUUUGCUGGACACUCCCUUAGACUCCCCAGACACCGACAUGGAACUCCUGUCAUCUGGUGCCCUUUCUCGACAAUAUUCUCACGAUGCCACCACCUCUACUGUCAGCAUCCAGGGCUCAGGGAAUCACUAUCACGCCUGUGCCUCUGAUGACUAUGAGGAUGUGGGCUUUGACCCGUCCAUCCUACCCCCUCCAGACCCCUGGAUAGACUCCGUCUCUGAUGACCCACUUGAUGUUGACUUCAAUAGUGCGGCUAUUCUGGAGGUAUCUGCGGACCAAUUCAAUGAUUUUGUUAAAAGUCAACUCAAGUCAAGAUUAGGAACGCACAGUACACAGGUUGUGCAGCGGUCAGUGUGUCAAAGAGAUGGCCGCUGGUUUCUGAAGCUGCUGCAGGCUGAGACAGAUCGCAUGGAGGGCUGGUGUCGACAGAUGGAGCUCGACCAGCGAGAGAAUGACCUACCAGAAGACAUUCUCGGCAAGAUGAGGAGUGCUGUGGGUAGUGCUCAGCUUUUGAUGUCCCAGAAAUUUCUGCAGUUCAGGGAGCUCUGUGAAGAAAAUCUGAACUCCAAUGCCCACCCGCGUCCUGUGGCCUCUGACCUCGCUGGUUUUUGGGAUAUGCUCCAGCUCUCAAUUGAGAACAUUAGCCUCAAAUUUGAUGAGCUUCACCAGCUCAGAGCCAACAACUGGAGACCUCUGGAGCCUCUGGAGAGGAAGGAGAGACGGCUCCCCCCUCCAGUGCCAAAAAAGCCACCAAAGGGCCCCACCCACCCCCCUCUGGCCAGAGACCGUUCUUUGGAGAGCUCGGAGAAACAGCGGCAGGAGGCCAGGAAGCGUCUGAUGGCUGCCAAACGAGCUGCCUCUGUACGACAAAACUCCGCUACAGAGAGUGCUGACAGCAUUGAGAUCUACAUCCCUGAGGCUCAGACACGACUAUGAGGACAUGAACAAGGACACACACUGGGUUACCAUGUACUACACACAAACACAGCUACACAUACAGUCACGUUUCUGCACACCUCAUUGUGUUUCUGAAUUACAAGACCCACAGCAUCGUUUUAGAUAGAUGCAAACUACUCGUUGUCUGAAGCUCUGUGAAUGCAAGGAUGGAGAAUACACAGUUAUAAUGUGAUGUCGAAUUUCCACCUGAAACACAGAUGAUGAUGGGGUAAAAAAUUUGGACAGCUUUUUGAGAUUAAUCAGACUUUAGGUUAGGCUAUAAUUUCACUGGCUAUUUUGGUCAAGUAAAACCAAAGGGUUAAAUACAGUUGAAAGUCAUAGGCAAUAGAAAUCAACACAACUGCAAUGUGACCCACAUGAAGUAAUAUGGCAAACAACAUGAUCAUGAUUUGUAAUGUGAUAAUGUUGGCCGAAUCCUGAAGGAAAAAGUUUUAUUAGAUAAUUUUUUAGAAUUUUAACACAAGCUGCACUUUCAUACCCUCAGUGGAAUGACACAUGGAGUCUUAUCUAUUUAAACAAAGAAACAGAUGAACUUUUUUACACAAUUUCCAUGACCAUUUAAGUAUAGAUUACUCUCACUUGUUUGCCUUAUGAAAGAAUAUGAGAUUUCCAAGCUUUCAGGUGCACUGAAUGCAUAUAUGCACAAAUUCUGUCUCUGGGAGAGUUGAAACAUUUUUAAAGAAAAAUACCACAAAUACCAAGAUCUGGAUUUUGGAGAUGUGCUUUUGUCAGCGGAAUACAAAAAAAUAUAUUUUAAAUGUUUUCACUGAAUAGCAGUGAAUUUUGAUGCCUGCACCACACUGAAAAACACUAGAGACAGAGUUAUUAGAGCUUGACUUUUAUCACUGUUGUACCACCUUUUCUUUUCUUUACACUUUUUAAUUGUUUGUGAACUGAUAAUACUAACCGUUGCACUUUUACAAGUGGAAAUUUUGCCAUUUUUCUUUUACAAGGACUGGGUCGUGACUCUACAUUUGUCAAUCAAUUUAAAACGAAUUUUUGUCAAUGCAAAUGACUAAGAUUUUCAAAACUUUUCAGCCUGAUUUUGUCUGUGUUCCAACAUUUGAGUGUGUUGCAUGCAUCAAAAUAUUUAUAAAAAUUGUAAGAUUAAUACAAAUGUUAACAUUAACAAUUUGAACAUAUAAUAAAAAUGCAAUAACAAACUGGUCAAUGAAAACAUAGAUUUAAUCUCUGAGAUUUACUCAUCAAAUGGAAAAUGUACUCUCGAUCCAUAAAGAGAGUGGCUCACCACAUCACGUCCAAAGUUUACCAUUGUUGGUGACAGGAAUUUUAUCAUGGUUCCCUUAUGAGAUUGCUUCAUUGCCUCACGCUAAUAUGAAUAGUGGGCUCUGGUGUAACUUAUAGCAGCCCUCAGCGCCUUUCUGUGAAUUUGUGACACUAUUCAAUUCAGUUCAUUUCAAUUCAGUUUUAUUUAUGUAGCACUAAUCACGUACUUCACAAAUUCAGUUCAAUCCUUAAAAAGACAAUUCAAAGGGGACGUCCUACAAAUCCUCUAGGAGCAAGCCCAAGGCGACAGUAAUUGUUCCUUGUUUCUCAAAGAGAGCUUUCUUUAUUGUGUUGGCCACACAUAAUGGCAUAUAAGGUACAUGCCUUUGUGUGCUUUUGAAGGUGGCACUGCUGCGGUACAGUGUGGUCACAGUGUAUUCUCAUCUGACAGAUUUGGAAGGUUGGUUGUGUGUCUGUGGGUCUUGUAAAAAACAGAUGACAGAUGAUCUCCACACAUUCCUAACCCUACUGUGUCACACUGGUUUACAUGCACACAUGCACAUGAGCACUGACAGGUAGCUCUUUCAGGUCUUGUGGCUGUAUGAACACUCACCAAACAUCUGUUAGAGAAAAGAGUACCAUGAUCACUGUUAUUUCAUCUUCCUUUCUGCACUACAUCAUGGUUGUCAAAGGAGCACUGGAAAUAUAUGGAUGAUCAGCUGGUGCACAUACUUGCUUCCUCUUUAAUAAUGAGGGGAAAUAUGUGAACCAAAAAUUUUAUUAUUUUACAUCCUUCCUCUUUCCAGAGCUCAUUCCUGGUGGUUGUGAUUGUUUUUUUUUUUUUGUUUGUUUUUGUUUUUUUUUUACCUACCAGUUGCUGGAGUAUGGGUUCACAGGAUUUCUGCAAGGCAUGCAAACAAGAGCAAAUCAAGUCAAAGCACUUCUUUAUUAAACAGUCAAAAUAAGGAUUUGGUUCAAACUGUCUGAUAGCUUAUUAUUGCCCAGUUUAUUGCAGCCAAAUGCAGUUGUAAAGAAACAAACUUGUCCUUUAAACCUUACUGUUUAACAAAUACUUCAACUCGAUUAUGAAAAUGGGAGAAGAAUACAUGAUUUUCUGCUCCCUUUACUUUUGCUGCACUGAACUGUCAUAUUUGAUCACCUUAGAAUUCACAGUGAUUUGCUUUUACAGGGUAGAUACACUUAAGCAAUAUUCAGUGGAAAUAGAUUUUUGUGGACGUUUUGUAAAGAUGUAUUAUUCAAGACAUAACCUUGUUAUAGAAAAGACCAGCCAAACAUAUUUAAUUGAAAUCUCAUGGAGUCUGGUCUGUAAUUCCUAAAGUAUUUUCUCAUAAUCCCACAAUCUUUUUUUUUUUCAACCUUAAAGGAAUUGUAUUUAAAGGAGUCCUGAUGUUUUUGGAAUGGUGUUUGAAGUUAUAAUGAUUAUCUUGGCUUCAAUUCUAAUGACAAGAACCAGCACUUAUUAUAAUAAUAGUAAUAAUAACAAUUAACCCUAACUGUUAGUGUUCUUCUAUUAAGAUGUCCAGGGAGCCCUUGCAGUUAUUUCACAAAGAUAUAUGAAGUAAUUAUGCUGUAUAUACAAUUCAGAUGUUCUUUUUUAACAUAUGCAUAGUCAUAGUCAGCUUUUCACACUUAUUCCGACAGUGCGGCAGUACUGCAUACUAUAAUGGCUUAAGAAUGCAUCUAUUAAUAUAUCUCAGACAGUAGUUUACAUGUUUAUAUAGUGUUCAUGUGACUGUUGGAGCAGGAACAUUGUAUUCAAUUUUUUCAAAAACUGCCAUGCAUUUCUUUUCUUUUUUUUCAUUUGUCUUGUGUAUUAAAGUGACAGUAACAGAAAUGAUGGAUUACUAAAACAAAUAUUGUGAAAUGUUAAAAUUUAUAUUCUGGCCCCGGUGCUAAAUGGGCCCGGGGGCCAAAUAAUCAAACACCACAAUAUCAACAAGCUCAACAUUAAAUGCUUUCAUAACAGUGCUAGAGAUAAGAAAUAUAGAACACAAAUUUCACCAUGUAUUACAGCAGCAUAAUGGUUGUCUUUCAAACUAAUCUCACUAACUAUGGUUCUCAAAAAGAUGUUCCUCUGUGAUGCAUUUUUGUGAUUUUUUUUUUUUUUUUUUUUAAUCCAGAUGACAGACCUGGGUUCGGGUCUCUGAGGGGUCGGUCUGCUCUCUGUUCUACUUGCUGACACAGAGCAACAAGUCUUUUACAGAUUUGGGUGGAUAGACAAUGGAAAGUCUGUCAAGUACUGGCAGAGAAAUGCACCGUUUGACUGUUAAGCACAUAGUUGAUCUGCCCAGUGUUUGUUAAGAAUACAUUUAACAAACUGAAUGUAUGCUAACAGCAUGGAUCCCACCCUGGAGAUUAAAAGUGAUGAUAGAUAGCAUUUUGUUUUACUAUAGAUCCAUUCAUAAAUUUAAUCAGAAAUGGUUUUAGCGCGAUCUGAUCUGUCAUUCAUGAUUUCAGAGAUUAGAGCAGGGGGAGUUCGAGAUCUGCAGACUGUGGGCAAAAUACAGCACUGUCAAAAUACUAAUGAAAAACUAAUUAAUUUUUACAUUACUAAAAAACUCAGAAUCUAUAUCAGUUAGUUCAAAACAAUACUGUUGCUCUUCUAAAUCAUAUAUAUAAUACAUAAAUUAUGGCACAAAUUGGGGGGAAAUAUAGCAAAGCAAAUAAUUAUGUUCCCGUUUGAACUGAUUUAUUUAUUUAUUUGGUUAUUUGAUGAAAACAAUGCAUAUUAAUGAACACUCAGUACACAAAAAACAUUACUUUGUGUAAAUAUGCCGGAUUUAGCUGGGAGCUGUUUUCCAUUCGUAGUCCUCAACAUUUAAAAACAGACUAAACAUACAAAUGACAAUACACUGUAUAUAACACAUUACUGUAUAAAAAUGUACAUCAUACAAUACAUUAUUAAUACAAUAAACACAGUAUAAAACUGCCAAGAGGAAUAACUGGGAACUGUUGAUCAGACAUCACAGGUUUGAUUAGAUUUUAACAUUUUUUAUUUGUAGCUCUUUUUCAAAUGUAGAAAAGGUGGAGAUUUCUCAAAUAGUCGGAAGAUUAUUCCUGCUCCUAUUGCCAAUAACUGUUACCCAAAAACUAACCAGAAAAAAGAGCAGAUAAGAAUACCGUUAAUAUACUGUAUCAUUAAGCAGUAUUUAUAAGAGUAUUAGUCUUGCUAAAAUCUUUCAGAUACCCAUUCCUAAGUGUAAAUAUGUUUUUUUUAAAUAACCAUAGUUCUUAAAAAAGUGAAAAUAUUGUCUAUGGCAUAGGCAGUCUAUCCACAUAGGCCCUAUACAGAUAGACAUUUUAAUACCUUACCGUACAUUAUGAUGUACUGUAUUCAUUGACAACGUUAAAAGAGUAUUAAUAUUAGUUCUUACUUACAUAUUAAAGAAAUGUAUUUGUAAUGAUCAAAUGGGCUUUGCUGCUGGUCAGACAGUCACUUUAAUGCUACUUGAUAGCACGAUAGUUUUCUUUCCUUCUGUCUGAGUGAAAUGCACAAUUCGAACCUUAUUUUUCCAUCUAUCUUAUUCGUCUGCCUGUUACUGUCAUUGUAAAGGGGAACUCCACAUAUAUCGAGUGGGCUUUCUUAGAGACAUGCCACACAUUUCUUAGUCUGUGGAAGGAUUCUGUGGCUCUGCAGGAGCUACAAAACAUAGUAACCAUGAGGAAGUUAUUAGUUUGGCUUUAAACAAAGACACUUUAAAUUUAGAAUGACCAUGUACAGACUAUAAAAGAAGUUUUCCAUGAAGGAACAGUCAGAGAAAAAUGAACAAAAGUUACAUUUUGUAAAUUGUGGCACAAACAAAGGAUUCUUCUUGUUCUUUUCCUUUUUUAGGGGUUGAACAUGUUUGAAAAUUCACAAAAGACGUGCAUUAAAACUGUUGAACAUUAUACAUUUUAUGUCUCUGGCAGGUACAUGUUUCAGGUACAGAUGUACAAAAACCUCGUGCUCUAGACUCCAGAGGAAUUCUGCCAGUUUUUAUGUGUAUUUUUAUGUAUGUGUGGAAUUCCACUUCCUCCUUUAAUGCACAAGGAUGGGCAAUGAAAAAGCACACUAACCUUUAUUCAAGUUUGUAUUCAUCCCCUUGUGAGUAGAGACAUUCUCCCCCUGUGAACACACCACCAGUGAAAAGAGUGUCUGUUAGUGCUCAUGAAAACGUUCCAGAUCUGUCUCUCAUCCACUGCCUCCUUUCAGCACUCACAAAUGAACCAUUACCGGAUGUUUCUCUUUCUCGCUUCAUGUUGUGAUCUGUAAGAAUGCCAAUUAUAAAACUUAUACCAACAUUUAUCGUGACCUCUGAUAUAACUGCCAUUCUUUUUUUCCAGAAUAAUCUGGAAAAUAACAGUAGGACUAACAGGAUACUAGAGAUUAUUCUAUGAUUAUAAUGACGAUGUACUAUUGAUCAAAUUAUUCUGUAUUUGUCUCUUUUGUAACUUUAGUUUAGUUUGGUUUAGAUUAGUUGGAUGUGUGUGGGUAAGGGCAGGUGAACUUUGUACAGGAUCUGUUAUCUGAUUACCUCUGUGUUUAAAUAAUGAUGACAGUGACAAUGACAGUGAGCCAUAUUCAAUAUAAAAUACUCCUCUAAUCAAGAGGGGAGGGCCAUACAGAUGCUGAAUGAACAUGUAUGUUGUUGUUUUGUUUUUUUACCCAUCAACCCAAUUAUUUUCUAAGUGGGCCGGUAGCAAGCUUGCUGUCUGUGUUUGGGAUGACCAGAGGAAUAACAAGACAGAUUGCAGACAGCUGAGGAUAUUGAACAGUCAAUACUUAGUAUUGUGUUUCAGGCUGCGAAGCAGGUCAAAGGAAAGCUUCUGUGGGAGUUCAGUCACCAGUCACCUGUUUUUUACACAAUGUUCACUAUAUAUUUGACAGAUGAGUAUUAAGGCCACACUGAGGUGAAGAGGUGAAGCAUUAAAAUUACAAUUAAUAUUGUUAGGAGAAUAAAGUCAAAAUAUUACAAGAAUAAACUUAUAAUUUUGUCAUUAUUAAGUGGUGAUUUUGAGAAAAAGAUUUUAUAAUAUUAAUUCAACCAUCAUCUGAGCCCGCUUUAUCCUCACUAGAGUCGUGGGGGAUUUAAUAUUAGAAGUGUCAAAAUUCAUGACUUCACUCUCAAAAUGUCAGAUUUUUAAAAAUCUUCAGUGUGGCCCAAUACUCCGCUGUGGAAUUCCUGACAAUAAUGCUGAUAUACCAUCAGAAGCAGAAAAAGUCUACAUGUUAUAUCACAUGUUUCAGCAAUAUCUCCUGAGAUAAGUUCAUUUCUGACUGGGUAAAGGUAAAGGUUGCAAAUUUUCUUCACACAAUAUGUAAAACAAUGUCAUAUUUGAAAGAUACUACAAAACAAUGAAUAACUGUAAUUUUGUUGAGCAUUCUCAUCCCAAGGCAUUUAGGUUGAACUUAAAUUGACCUUUUGAUGAAAUCAGUUGUCAGCUCUGGACAGGGACCAGCCUGAAAGCCAACAGAACUCUUUAACAGUGGUGUGCUUGAUACGACUUCUUGCUUUUUUUCCUCAGGAAGCAAUGGGAAAUGUAGUCUAUAUAUCCAAGUAUAUUAAUCAGGGUCUCCCAGAUAUGGUGGUCUGUUAUUACUUAACUGUGUAUGUGUGAGGGAGAGAGAGAAAUUGUGUAUGAAAGUGCCUAUGUGGUUUACAAUUUGUACUUUCAUUUGUAUAUAAUAACAUUAAUGGAAGAUGCUGUGUGUGUGCGCGUGUGUGGGUGUGUGUGUGUGAGGUCUCUAUAAAGUGCUUCCUGAGUUUCUUGGUUUUUCUGUCGGGCCUUUCUUCAGUACAGUCUAGUAGCCUCAUAGAGUGACUCUGUACAUGAAAUCAUACCUGCGACCGAGCUCUUAUGUUUGUACAGAAAAUGGUUUAGGGUAUUUCAUGACGCAUGCAGACACAAUAUAAGUACUUAUGAAUCUAUAUCUAAUUUGAAAACUUGUAUUUGGUUUAUUUAUGCUCUUAUUUAUUAACUCUUUUUUUUCUAUGGCAUUCUGUUGAAGUGGUCUGUCAUGCUCCUCUGAUCUUAUGUUGUAUUGUAAAGAGAUGAUUAUAUGUCUUUACCUAUUGAUGAGCCCAUAUUAAAAUUAACUACCAACACUCCA